CUCAGGAAAUCCCAACCUUCUCCCGCAAGAUUUCCUCCUUCUCUCCCUUUUUCCCUGAUCAUCAUCUUCAGCUAACCUCUCUGUCGCUCAAUCUGAUCCCACCUCAUUCUCCUCACGUUACCCGCUACAUCGUUAUACUCAUGGAGUCCAUCGCCAAGGCUAACGUUCACCAUCAGAAUGGCUCCUUCUGCUUGGCUAAUGGCACCGCUGAUCCGCUCAACUGGGGCGUCGCCGCCGAGUCCCUCAAGGGAAGCCACUUGGACGAGGUGAAGCGUAUGGUGGCCGAGUACCGGAAGCCGGUGGUCAGGCUUGGCGGCGAGACUCUCACCAUCUCUCAGGUGGCUGCCAUUGCCGCGCAUGACCAGGGCGUGAAGGUGGAGCUGUCGGAGUCGGCCAGGGCCGGCGUUAAGGCCAGCAGCGAUUGGGUCAUGGACAGCAUGAACAAGGGAACCGAUAGCUAUGGUGUAACCACCGGAUUCGGGGCCACCUCUCACAGGAGAACAAAGCAAGGCGCUGCUCUCCAGAAAGAGCUCAUCAGGUUUUUGAAUGCCGGAAUAUUCGGCAAUGGCACAGAAUCUUGCCAGACUCUGCCACACUCGGCCACGAGAGCAGCCAUGCUAGUCAGAAUUAACACUCUUCUCCAAGGAUACUCUGGCAUCCGAUUCGAAAUCCUAGAAGCCAUCACCAAGUUCCUCAACCACAACAUCACCCCAUGCUUGCCACUUCGCGGUACCAUCACAGCGUCCGGCGAUCUCGUCCCUCUUUCUUACAUCGCCGGUUUACUCACCGGCAGACCUAACUCCAAAGCUGUCGGACCCAACGGAGAAGCCCUUAAUCCCAAGGAAGCGUUUCAAUUGGCAGGCAUCGAGUCCGAGUUCUUCGAAUUGCAGCCUAAGGAAGGGCUUGCUCUUGUAAACGGUACCGCCGUUGGUUCUGGCUUGGCUUCCAUGGUUCUCUUUGAGGCUAACGUUCUGGCCGUGCUCGCUGAAGUUCUUUCGGCUAUUUUCGCCGAGGUCAUGCAAGGGAAGCCUGAAUUUACAGACCAUUUGACCCAUAAAUUGAAGCACCACCCUGGCCAGAUUGAGGCUGCUGCUAUCAUGGAGCACAUUUUGGACGGAAGCUCCUACGUUAAAGCAGCCAAGAAGUUGCACGAGAUGGAUCCCCUGCAGAAGCCUAAACAAGAUCGCUAUGCCCUUCGAACUUCACCCCAGUGGCUCGGCCCUCUCGUUGAAGUUAUCAGAUUCUCCACCAAGUCAAUCGAGAGAGAGAUCAACUCUGUGAACGACAACCCCUUGAUUGACGUUUCUAGGAACAAGGCUCUGCAUGGUGGAAACUUCCAGGGCACCCCAAUCGGAGUCUCCAUGGACAACACACGUCUGGCUAUUGCUUCCAUCGGUAAACUCAUGUUUGCUCAAUUCUCUGAGCUCGUCAAUGACUUCUACAACAACGGUCUGCCUUCCAACCUCACCGCCAGCAGAAACCCCAGCUUGGAUUAUGGUUUCAAGGGGGCUGAAAUCGCCAUGGCUUCUUACUGCUCUGAACUUCAAUAUCUCGCCAAUCCUGUAACAAGCCACGUCCAGAGUGCAGAGCAACACAACCAGGAUGUGAACUCUCUGGGUUUGAUCUCGUCUAGGAAAACAAACGAAGCCAUUGAGAUCUUAAAGCUCAUGUCUUCCACGUUUUUGGUUGCACUCUGCCAAGCAAUUGACUUGAGGCACCUGGAGGAGAACUUAAAGAACACAGUGAAGAACACCGUCAGCCAAGUUGCCAAGAGAACUCUGACCACGGGUGUGAACGGAGAACUCCAUCCUUCAAGAUUCUGUGAGAAGGAUUUACUGAAGGUUGUAGACAGGGAGCACGUGUUUGCUUACGCUGACGAUCCCUGCAGCGCUAUUUACCCGUUGAUGCAGAAACUCAGGCAAGUUCUCGUGGACCAUGCACUGGCAAAUGCCGAAGAUGAGAAGAAUCCAAGCACAUCAAUCUUCCAAAAGAUCGGAACUUUCGAGGAGGAGUUGAAGAGCGUCUUGCCGAAGGAAGUGGAAAGUGCAAGAGUCGCAUAUGAGACCGGCAAUUCUGCAAUUCCAAACAGGAUCAAGGAAUGCAGAUCAUACCCUCUGUACAAGUUUGUGAGAGAGGAGCUUGGAACUCAGUUGCUAACAGGAGAGAGGGUGAUCUCACCGGGCGAGGAGUGUGACAAGGUGUUCACUGCAUUAUGUCAGGGCAAGGUCAUUGACCCUCUUCUGGAAUGCCUUGGCGAGUGGAAUGGUGCUCCUCUUCCUAUCUGUUAAUUCUUCAGCUUCUGCCUUGUGGAGAUGGUUUCCUUUCAUAUCCUCGUAUAUGUGCAGUUAUAAACGGUUGGUUUGUUAGUUUGGUGAUGAUGGCCUCAAGCAAAUCAACCUGGACAUUAAAGUUGGUUGUUCUAGUUUGCUUAAUGUCAAGAGAAUAUUGUAAUUUUGCGUUGAAAUUAAAUUUGUUUUUGUCAUCGCUUCAA